AUGAAAGAGCUCACAAAGAUUGUUGAUUGGGUUGAAGAAACAGGCCGAAGUGUGCUACCUGUUUUCUAUGAUAUCACUCCUUCAGAGGUUCGAAAACAGAGUGGAAAGUUCGAAAAAGCUUUUGUUGAACACGAAGAAAGGUUAAAAGAUGAAUUGGAAAUGGUACAAAGAUGGAGAGAUGCUUUGAAAGCAAUUAAUUACCAAUCGUUGUGGGUGGGAU